UUCUGAUACACCUGCUCACCACGAAAAUGGAGUAUCAGAAACUAAGGAAAAUGAUGAGUAAAUUUAAGAAGAUUAUACUCUCGAGAAAGAUUGGCGACAGUUUGCCGCCAACUCUCGAGAUAGAAGAACCCAGCAGCUUGUUGAUUAAAGACGAUGAAGAAAACAAAGAACUAAAGGAAGAAAAUGAAGCAGAAGCAACAAAAGAAGAAAAAGAAGAAAAGAAACUAAAGAACUUGGUUAUGGAAGAUUCGGAAGGCGACGGAGGAGGGGGAAAUUGUAACGUCGACGAUGUAGAAAAUGAGUUACUCUUUGGUGAACCUAAACAGGAAGAAGAAGAAGAAGUAGUGGAUGAAUGUCCGUGCGAAGAAGAGGAGAAGAAACUCACAAACUUGGUUAUGGAAAAAUUAGAAGGCGACGGCCCUGGUGAUGGAGGAGGAGGGGAAAAUUGUAAUCUCCAAGAUGAAAACGACUUGGAAAUAGGGUUACUAUUUGAUGAAGUAGAAGAAGACGACGACGACGAAGAAGAAGAAGAAGAAAGCAUGGAGACGUUGAGUACAGAUGAGUUGAAUAACAAGUUCGAAGAUUUCAUACGACGGAUGAAGGAAGAUAUUAGGAUGGGUAGAAAUAAUUAUAAUGAUCAAGAAAAUUAUAAUUACGACAUUAAUUUGUAUGACAAGAAUUGGCCAAUCAUUAUAGUGAAUUAA